AAAUUUGGAACAGUUUGGCUUUUAGUAGAAGGACUUUCUUUACUGAAUUAAUGAAAUUCAGCAAGUAAAAUUAAUUGUUAGAGAACCUGGUCAGACUUCACAGAUGUGCAAGCUCAGGCCAGUGACAACACUUUCGGCAGUGACAAAAACAUAACAAUUUGCCACAAGCAUUUUAAGGAUGAUUUUAGAGGAAUAGUGCAGAAACAAUGGGUGCUUGCUACUCAAAGUCUGGUCAUGAUGUUAACCCAGAUGAAGAAAGAAGACCACAGGAAAGGAAGAAGGGUUCUCAGAAAAAUGGCCAUUCCGGAUCAUUUAAAAAUAGUAGACUGGUUAUAGACAUUCCAAUACAAAAAGAUCUCAGUGACACAGUCUAUACAGAGGAUAGUCAUGUGAUUGUGAAUGACUCAGCAAAUUGUAUAAAUAAAAGUCAGCAGACCAGUCUGGAUCAUUUGACUAGAGAUGCAAAUAAAAAUAUAGAAAACCUGACUGGUUGUGACAUUAUAAAACAGAAUGAUCUGAUUGUGAUAGAUGAUCAACACGCCCAAGUAGAAAACGGUCCAAUUAUUAUAGAAAAUGCUCAAAAAUCUUGUGGCGAAAUUUUGAAACAUUUAGAUUCCAGAGGUGGGAAAGUCUCAACAUCGGACAGCGGGAUUGUUGUAGAAACUUGUAAAGGUUGUGAAAACACUGAACAUGAUAAAGAUGCAAAAGAUGAAUAUUCAGAAAGUUUCGAAAAUCAUUUGAAUUCCUUAGACAAUGAAACUGACACUGUUGAAUGCAGUGGUACUCACACUGAACAAGAAGUAAUUGUAAAUAAAACAUCUUGUAAAUGUUCUAAUUCCAAAUCAUAUUCAGAUUCUCAUGGACACAGAAAUUUAACAGACCAUUCCAACACCUGUAGUGGCCAUGAAGGAGAAAAUAGAGAGUCAAUAGCAUCUAUAGACAAGCUUAGUGAGUCGAACAAAACAAACGAUUCGACGACGGAUUUGGAUAAAAUCCGUCAAGCAAUAUCUCAUAAUUCAUUUGGAUUGGCAACUGAACAAAGAUUGUCUCUGAAUGGGUCGGAAGAAAGUUACGACUUAUCAUCGGCUGUCAGUCAACCGGAAGUGACGACCAUGACGAUAAAUGGCAGAGAUGUGGUUGUCAUAGACGCAGAAUUAUUUUCACAAAUUAUUGACGAGCUGCAAACUUUAAAGAUGAAACUUAGUCAGUUGAAUGAAGUGAUUCAGGAUGCUGAAAAUCUAGACGAGGACUUAAGCUCAGCUGCAAUAUCAUUACUGUCUUCAUCUGCAUAGUGCAGUCAUUCAAGUGCAAUUAAUUUCGUCUGCCAGUGACUUGUAGGCAUUUAAUUAAAAAAUGUGAGGGUAAUAGAGAAUUGAUUGGAGGGUAAGGAGAUAGGAUUUGACAGAAGAUGAGGAAGGUUUUGAAUCAUCAAGUGCUAUAUGGUUUAUAUAUUGAAACAACAGUGGCUAGUUGUCAUAAAGUGCUAUAGUGGAAAAACCGUUAAAAUGUAGCCAGGGUAGAGUGGUAUAACAUCACUCAAUACACAAGUGGACCACAGUACACAAACAUUGGACAACUUGAAGAAAGUUCAUAGUACGAGAAUGUUUUACUUAGGGUACUUCUACAUAAUUUAUUACAUCAGAUUUCUCAUUUCUUAUAUCGAACGAUAUGCUAUGUAUUGCUGGCAUUGAUCUUAUUUCAGUAUUAACCCUAAGUCUACUGAAUAUAUCCACCUGACCAGUGCAGGCCAAGAU